GUCGCCUUUGUGGGGAGACACAGGGUGGGUACCCGCGCUGCCCGCGCCGGGCCGGGGCUCCCCGCCGCCCCCAUGAGCCGCCUGUAGGGUCCGCGGCGCUGCGCCCCAGGGGCUCAGGGUUGGUUGUUUUGGGUUCCUCCUUCCCGUCCCUUUUUUUUUUUCUUACAGUCUAUUUUUGUACACUUUGCUAUAAAACCAUGGUGCUGGGGAAGGUGAAGAGUCUGGCGAUAAGCUUUGACUGUCUGAAUGACAGUAAUGUCCCUGUGUACUCUAGCGGGGAUACAGUCUCAGGAAGGGUCAGUCUAGAAGUAACUGGGGAAAUUAGAGUGAAAUCCCUUAAAAUCCAUGCGAGGGGGCACGCUAAAGUGCGUUGGACUGAAUCGAGGAAUGCUGGAUCCAACACUGCCUAUACACAGAACUACACCGAAGAAGUGGAAUAUUUCAAUCAUAAAGACAUCCUUAUCGGCCAAGAGAGAGAUGAUGACAAUUCAGAAGAAGGCCUUCACACCAUCCAUUCAGGAAGGCAUGAAUAUGCAUUCAGCUUUGAGCUUCCACAAACACCACUUGCUACCUCAUUCGAAGGCAGACAUGGCAGUGUGCGCUAUUGGGUGAAAGCCGAAUUGCAUAGGCCUUGGUUUCUACCAGUAAAAUUAAAGAAGGAAUUUACAGUCUUUGAACAUAUAGAUAUCAACACUCCUUCAUUACUGUCACCCCAAGCAGGCACAAAAGAAAAAACUCUCUGUUGUUGGUUUUGUACCUCAGGCCCAAUAUCCUUAAGUGCCAAAAUUGAAAGGAAGGGCUACACCCCGGGUGAAUCAAUUCAGAUCUUUGCUGAGAUUGAGAACUGCUCUUCCCGUGUGGUGGUGCCAAAGGCAGCCAUUUACCAAACACAGGCAUUUUAUGCCAAAGGGAAAAUGAAAGAAGUCAAACAGCUUGUCGCCAACCUGCGUGGGGAAUCCUUGUCAUCUGGCAAAACAGAAACCUGGAAUGGCAAACAGUUGAAAAUUCCACCUGUUUCUCCUUCAAUCCUUGACUGUAGUAUAAUCCGUGUGGAGUAUUCACUGAUGGUAUAUGUGGAUAUUCCUGGUGCCAUGGAUUUAUUCCUUAACUUACCACUGGUCAUUGGCACCAUUCCUCUACACCCAUUUGGUAGCAGAACAUCAAGUGUAAGCAGUCAGUGUAGCAUGAACAUGAAUUGGCUUGGUCUGACGCUGCCCGAAAGACCAGAAGCACCUCCCAGCUAUGCAGAGGUGGUGACAGAGGAACAAAGACAGUCCAGCCUUGCACCCUUAGGUGCUUGUGAUGACUUUGAGAGAGUACUUCCAGGACCACUAUUUGCAUACAUCCAGGAGUUUCGUUUUCUGCCUCCACCCCUCUAUUCAGAAAUUGAUCCAAACCCAGAUCAACCCACAGAUGACAGACCAUCUUGCCCUUCUCGUUGAAGGAAUCUGUAAGAAGCUGACUUAACUUGGGUUUGGAAUCAUACCUCCUGUGUUGAAGGUCAAGGCGUCAUAGUGGAGAACACACUUUCAAAGAAAGUGGGUUUGCUCUUGCCUAUGUGGUGAAUAAAUGAAAACAGCCUGUGAUCAUGCUUUGAAGCCUACAGUAACAUUGUAGGACUGCUCCACAUGCUUGAAGACCUGAGCUUUCCCCCACUCCCUGUUAAAUACUGGCACAUACUAGGAGCAGCCUUACUAAUCUACAGUGAUGUGUGUCCAAACACUCAAACCACAUUGAGAGGUUUGGCUUCCUCUUACGAUUUGGAAAUUUGCACAUGCUUAUUGCUUACAUUGUGCGGUUCAGUGUCACUACAGCUUUUUCUCAUUUACACCAGACAGUUGUUACCCCUUUCUUAUUUCUUGUGGUCCGCACAACGAGAAGCAAAAGAAAGCUUUGACAAAAAAGAGAUAAACAAACAAAAAACCCAACAGCAACAGACUUUGACAAAUGCACUGACUUUUUUUUUUUUAAUUUAAUGUAGCCUGGACUUUACCUGCAUAUGCACAUGCUCAGAAUUGUCCUAGUAGGCUGAUCAUGUAUCACCUCUUCAUCUUGGAUCCAAUUGUGGAUUUAUUUACAAACAUCAAAUGCCUUCAAGCCAAUCCUUCUUGCUGUAUGUUUUGCAGCCUACUGUAGUAGAUAAGCAACAGAUGUGGGGAUAGGGUGGGAGGGUGAAGAAUUAAUAGAAAGAACUAGUAGACUUCAUCAAGAUUGUAUACUUUCUUGAUUUCUUUUAAGAAUUUGUUGCCUUUCUACUAUUAUCGCAAAGCACCAUUUUGUUACAGACUGCCUAAAAAUCACUUAAUCUCAGGUGAAUUAAUCACUUGCCAAACUGUUGAAAUGCUAUUUGGUUUUUUUAUGUUGCACUGUUGAGUUAGUUUUCUUUUGUUUUGUGUUUGUGUUUUGUUUUUGUUUUUUGAGAGGGAGAUCUGGAAUAGGGACAUACACGAAAGUUACAAAACCCACCUCAUUCCCAUUUCUUUUCUCCAUUAUUAAAAAAGUGUUCAAGUUGUGAAGCUCUAAAAAAAAAAGGCAUAAAUAAAAGCAGCACCAGCAGACACCAUAUGUUCCUCAAAACGCUUUUGAAAGGAAGUGGUUCUAGACUGUCUAGGAUUCACAAAUCAUUAUCUCAAGUACUAGGGCUAGGAAGGGAGAGUAAAUUUAUUUUUAUAUAUAGCUACUUAAUCACCCAAAAUUCUAUAUGUGGUGAGUCUAGUAGAAAGUAGGAAAAGCUUCUUCUAUGCUAAGAGCUCAGUUUGUGCACUUUGUAUUACCUUCAGGGUUUAUAAUACUGUAUAAGACUAGAAGCAUAAUUAAAGUGGGAAAGAUCAGUGGUACCAGCCAUACUUAAAUAUGAGUUAGCUGGAAUUACUUUGACUGCAUCUUUUGUGGCACUCUCAAGAGCUUUAAAACAAGCAGAACACUGAAUUAUACCAUGAAUUCACGUAGAAUGAAAGAAACCGUAUGGAAAGAGCACUUGCCCUUGAGAGUGCCCCAGGAAAAAGCGUGCAGUGGAGCUAUUACCUAUGCUAACAAAUACCAGUGCUUACAUGCUAGGUAUAUACAAUGGAAGUCAACUUUGCUCUUCAGAAGCUAUGGAACAUGGAUCACAGACAAAAGAACACAUUCUGGUCUUGAUUAUUUGAACAAAUCAAGACCUAAUCUGUCAAAUACCUGUCUCCUUGUGCAAUAAGAAAGCUCAGAAGAGUGGGAGAGGGGCAGCUGGUCUUUCUGCAUGGUGCUCAUUUUUAAAAAACCCUGCCUUGUUUUUAAGGCUUCAUAAGUGUGACAGAAUAGGCUUUUCCAUAAGUGGCCUUUAUAAGAACAUGAAAGAUCAUUCAUGUUUCAAAAAUGACAACAGGGUGAUAAAAUAUAAAUGAGUCGCGUUUUAAGUGAUUCAGUUAAAAGGCUUGGGCUUUGAGUGGGAAUAUUGGCAAGAAGGAAGUUGGAUGAUGUUACUAGGCCAAUUUUGUGGAUGUCCUUUCCCUCUGCCUUCUCCAGCCAGACAAUUUUUAAAGCUGAUGGGAUCGUUGGUAUAAAAGGGCAUUUGGUGGUUUUACUUUUUUUCCUUUUUUGUUAUUUUUACAGACUAGGGAACAAUUGCUGAUAUACAUAGCAUUAAAGUAUCACAAUACAAUGGGAAAUUGCCUAUGAGGCAGGAUUGACCAAUGUCGUAGUAAUUGACUUUGCAUCACAGCCUUGGUGAUUGGAAUGAAAAAUUAUAUAAGCUUGUCAAAUAAAGACUUCAGUUUGAAUUACAUUGUUACUCAGAGGCAUUACUCUUCCAUAAAUAUUGGUCAAUUCUCAGCAUGAGGUUCAGAGUUUUAGCCCAGUAUUUGAUAGAGAAUUCUGUUCUGAAUUAGGAAAAAUUAAGUAAAAUCCAAACAUUAGAGAAACAAAGUGCAAUAUUAAAUGUUUGCUUUAUAGAUUCUAUUCAUGGCUGUUUUUACUUUUCUUUUUUUUUCUUUUUUUUUUAGUUUUGGUGCUGAAUAUGUCCUUGUAGACUCUUGUUUUAAGAAAACAAAAUGUGGAAAACAGUUUUAAUUUUUCCUAUUGCUCUUCCUUGUGGAAAAUAAACUUUUGUAAAAAAAAAAGCUUUUAAAUAUUUUAUCUAUGCAUAAAAUAAAUGCCAAAAUCCAUAAGUAUCGCAUAAUACAGGAACUUACUGCAGGAAAACAUGUAUUGCCUUUUAAAAAAAUAGAGAAAAAUCAAUUUGUAGAACUAUACCACUGAGUACUAUAGGGGUCUAGUUUUGGGAUCCUGUCUGUUGUUUACGUCACUUAGCUCAUGGGGCCAAGUCCCAGAUAGGAAAGGCCUUUUUAUCGCAUUACAGCUGCAGUGACCCUAUUUUAAGGUGUCUGGUCCUUUCCCUGAGGAGGUGACACAAAUUUUGGGGGCAUAGGAGGAAAUUGGAGAGUGACUUAAAAGGUUUGGUUUGCAGAUGGAAUUUCGACAUGAAGUUUGUUGACUUGUGGUCUAGAAGGUGUCCUUUGCUGUUCCUUGGAGGCAAGGAGAUGUCAAAACAUCCACCUGUGUCCUGUGCAGUGUUGUUGACUUUCCCUAGUGUGGCAGCAGCAUGGCAGUGCCACAGCAUGUCCUGUAUGCCACACAUGGGCAAAAUGGAUUGUCAUCAUCCUUCAGGAUCAUGUCAUUUGACCUGUGGGAAGAUAAGGGGCUUGAGAGGCAGGCCUGCCCUGUGUGUCUCUGUUAGUGUUUGGGCUAUUGGGCCACCCCAUGUUCCCAUGGUACUGUAUCUUCACUUAAUGAUGCAGCUGCUGAUGGGGGUGACACAAGCAUUGAUCCAGUACCCUACAUAAUACAAACAAUAGGACCUCCCUCUCUGAAACAGAGUAUUUCAGCUUAGGUUUGAGUUUAUUUUUGGCGAAGAAGACAGACAGAAUUUACUUCCUCCUUAUUAACAUUAAUAAUUCUUGCGUAAAUUCAGUUUAAAAUCAAUGAGAAACAUGAAGGCUUUAAGUUUGAUAAUCUGCUUGGAGAUCUGUUAGUGUUUAACUUGUACUAGCAGUAAAAAAGGACUGCAGCUUCUCGCUAACUGCCCCACCACUGGGUUGGGGAAGAGAGUAAUAUAAGUCAAGUUAGAAGACUCAUGGUUUGAGCUAAACACAGUUUAAUAAAGCAAAAGCCACAGACACAAAGGAAACCAAGGAACUCAUUCCUAGUUUCCAGUGGACGGUCUUUCCAUCUCCAGGAAAGCGAGACUCCAUCGUGCCUUAAUGGUGACUUGGGAAGACAAACUCCCAUCGCUCUGAAUGUCCUCCCACUUCCUCUUUCCCCAGCUUUAUAAGCUGAGUUUGACAUCAUAGGUCAUAGAAUAUCCCAGUUGUGUCCCUUCCUAACUCCUUAUCUACCCCCAGCCCACUCCCUGACUGAGUGAUUCAAGAAGCAGAAAAGGCCCAGAUGCCUUGUGAUCUCUGCCCAGCAGCAACUACAACAUCUGUGUUGUCAGUGCUGCUUUUUGUGCAAAUCUGAAACAUAUCCCCAUAACAGCUACUGUGACAGAAAUUAACUACCCCAGUCAAAACCAGAACAAGCUUCAUACAUAAGUGAAUAUAUAUAUAUCUAUAUGUAUUUCUAAAAAAAAUUUUAAUACCUGCACAACCCUUCCUAGGGAUUUCUAGUGCUAUGUGACAGAAUUUAAAUUAGCACCAUUAAAAGGACACUCUUCUAGCAGUUCUGUGCAACAUCUUGAAAUGCUACCAGCACCGCUACCUAACAAACCUAGCUGUAUUGUCAGAGUUUUUGUAAAUUUUGAAGUUAUAGAAGUUUUAUUAUUUGAGACCUUGAGAAUUUUUAAAUGCAGAUGUUUGUUUCUUUAUAUAAAUAGUGUAAAUGCAAAUAUAUAAAUAUGUACAAAACUCUGUUACACCAGGGUGUAAAACUAACGGCUCUUCCACAUCAGGCAUCCAUUAAAGUGUAAAGAACAGCAGCAAGUUACAAUUGCUCAAGCACUUGAGCUUUAAGAGGCAAUGCUGCAGUAUGGAUCAAGAUAUUUUCUGGCAAUUAGCUAGUUAAGACAUAUACCUAGUACUCUUUAACCCCUUGCUAGACUUCUUCCCUUGUUUUACAGAAAUGGACCACUGCCUUGCCAUGAUCUUCAUCUAGCUUACCUUUCCACAGCACACCUAUAUAAAGCACGAAGUCCAGCUACCGCAGUAACAAAGGGUCUCCAGAAGUAGCUUGAGCUGGGCAGCAACCAAGCAAUGGCUUUCUGCAGGAAAACAUCUUUUACUGGCCAGAUGCUACUGAUCUGAACCAAUUCCUGUGACUGGAUACACGGCUAUGAGCAACUCUUGCAGAGAGACAAAUGCCCAGCAGAGAUUUUCCACAGGCUUGUACUUCAGGAGGACUGUUCCUGGGGCCAUAGAUCUUCCACAUGUUUUGGACUUUGAACGGAGUCCCCCUUCAGAGAUCCACAAACAUAUUAGAAGUUACCAGGAUUUGCACUGUAUGACCAGUACUGUGGAUUUUAACUCCUGGAUUUUGAUGUUAUUAGUGAAAGUUACUUCCAAAGGCACAUUUUCAGGCACAUUCUGCCUUGGCCUCCAGAUGAUAUCCUGGAAAUAGGAGAAAAGUAACCUAUCUCUUCUCCCAGCAGUCAUUCACUCCUGUUACUCCACUUGGAUACAGCAUGUUAUUUUUAGAGCUGGAUCUCCCUAUCUCUCCUAUGUGAGGACAGAGGAGUAGCUUCUGAGUAGAGUCCGAGGGCUGCCACAAACUCCAAGUUGAACAGUGCACCUUUCACCUAAUACAGCUCCUAAUGUGGGAUUCAGAGUUCAGAAGAACACUGCCUGUUGAAUUUGCUUCAGGUAGCUUGCCUGAAGUUUGUCAUUAUUUGGAUGAAAGACAAUUACCUGGGUCAGAGAAGGGGAGAGUGCUAAAAUAUAACGUACAAAAUUGAAUUAUUUAGAUGCAUUUUAAGGAGGAGAGAAAGAGACAAUUGAAAAAUUAAAAAUCACAUCCAGAAAGUUAUCCAGGCGCUCUGUGAUAGUUCUGUGUCUUAGGAAAAAAUCAAUUCUCUCUCUAAGACAGUGCAUUCCCUCUACCAUGAGCAGCUCCCUGCAUGAUCUUCUACUGGGGCACUGAGGGUAAUAAGCAACCACACAGUGUUUCCUCUUGCUCCCAUGCAUCACUACCAAGAGUCUAUUGCCUUCCAUCACAAGUCUCUCCAGGCUAAAGCAUACCUUUGACUCACCAACUCUCCACCAAAUGCUUCAUAAAGCAAUGACCUGUUACCUGUUUAUUGGUGUAGCAAAUUUUAUUUCUAAAAUGAACCAAUUAAUGUGGUGCUAUUCCAUCUUUUUCAAAGGAGAUAAGAUACUUUUGUUUUCAGCUGAAUAGUAGGUUGGAACAUAGGAGGAGGGGAAAAAUUAUUGCAAAAUGUUAUUAUUUAUCUGGAAAUUAUUGCAAUUUCCCAGAGCUAAAAAAGGUCUUGUUGUGACUUGACUGCCUUGAAUUAAAACUAAACUCCCCACUGGAGAUGGUCAAUAUUCAAGGCAAAGCUGUCAUCAUUGCCCAUCAGCUAAGAAACAGAAUUUAAGAAUACCUUCUGUGAAAGUUGUCAGGUAUUCAGUAGGUAAUGAUUUCUGAUUAAUAAAUUGCUUUUUUAUUAUUUACACUCUUGCUUGGGGUGACCCUAAGUCAGCUGGAGUCUGUUGAAACCAGUCCAUUUCCUCUGUAAGUAGCCCAUUUUUCUUAGUUAAGAAUUCCAAGAAAAUAUAUCGUGAUAGCAACUGCAGCUCUAAUUUACAAAUUGUUUCAGUAUUAAAUAUGCAAUAUAAACAAAGAAAAGCCUGCAGCAGUUUUACAGCUAUAUAAUUAUCUUCUAUAAAUUAAACUAAAUGGUCUCCUUGCCUAUCAUUUAGCAGGAUAAAACAGGAAAGAUAUUUUUACUGCUGGCUAUUAUUUUUUUACUCGGUCAAUACUGUUUAUAGUGACAGAGUUGUAAUAAAGUAAUAAAGUGAUUCUUCAGUUGUACCAUGUAAAACUCACCUCCCCAAAAAAACAAAGGAAGAAAACAAUACCUUGCCUGUGCAGAAGUAGAACAAUGUAAAUUUAGUAAACUUUAAAGCCACAAACUUU